CUCAACACCUCAACCCUCGACCUGCCAACUGCAGGAUCAAGGCACAGUGACUACCAUUGCUUGGUCUGAGAUGUAGGGAACUGAGAGGAAGAAGAGAAGAACAAGCUGUCAAACCGCGGGGGAGGACCAGCCUGCGAUAAAUACACUUCACUCAUCGCUCGCCUCUUCCUCCAUCACUUCGUAAGCUACUGCACGUCCCGCCGUUGGCUGGCUGCAUCCACGUUCUCAAGCCCUGUUAAUUGGACCACGUUUUGGGCACCAGGCUUCUCCCACAAUCCCAACCCCUGAUGCGUAUUGCAGUCCUGCACCCUUCAACUCUUUUUUGGGCCUACAUAAUCACCAUUCUCCAAUUGUCCUGCGCUGGCCGUACCUUGCCCGGGGGGCUAGUUGGUGAAGAUGAGGCCACGAAUCUUUCAAUUCUUCGUCCUCCUCACCUUUGUCUUUCUAGUCGCCGCCUGGACGAAGGAGGAUUAUGAAUUCUUCCGGCUGAAAGACGAGGUUGAAGCCGCCGAGGGCCCCGAUAUUUCCUUCUACGAUUUUCUGGGGGUCAAGCCUUCCGCGACCGUUGAUGAAAUCGGUAAAGCUUUUCGGAAGAAAUCGCGUGCUCUGCAUCCUGACAAGGCCAAACAUUCCUUCAUCGCGUCGAGAUCUACCCCAAAACCCAAGAAACCAGGCGAGAAGAAAAAAUCUGGAGUACACGUGUCCAAAGGGCCAUCCGAGAGAGAAAUCCAGCGAUUUGUGAAACAAGCCGGAGAAAGAUACAGUCGAUUGGGCGUUGUUGCAAACAUCCUGAAGGGACCUGAGCGAGAAAGAUAUGACUUUUUCAUGAAACAUGGCUUCCCAUCAUGGAGGGGGACCGGAUACUACUAUUCACGAUAUCGGCCAGGCCUUGGGACCGUGUUGGUCGGCCUAUUCCUUGUCUGUGGUGGAGGGGCUCAUUAUUUUGCCUUAGUCACAGGCUACAAGAGACAACGAGAGUUCAUGGAACGAUACAUCAGACAUGCUAGAAAGACUGCCUGGGGCGACGAAACUGGCAUACGUGGUCUAGCAGCCAUCGGCCAGCCUGUCGAAGUACCUGUGCCUACGGAAGAACCCGAUCCGACCGCCAACCUGAACAGACGACAGAAGAGAGAAAUGGAGCGUCAAACCAAGAAGGACAAAUCAAGCAAGAAAAAGUCAGUGCCCAAGGCAACCCCUGCUCAGCCAGCUCCUUCCGAAAACAGACGACGGGUCACUGCUGAGAACGGGAAAAUCUUGAUUGUCGACUCUGUCGGAAACGUGUACCUUGAGGAAGAAGAUGAGGAUGGCGAAGUUCAAGAAUACCUGCUUGACCUGGACGAAAUUCCGAAGCCGACCAUGUGGGAUACAGCCGUCAUACGUCUACCCGUGUGGAUGUACAGAAAAGCAUUUAGUCCGUUCCUCCAAAAAGGUGAACCUGUUUCGCCAGAAAAGACCGUCUCUCCAGAGCCCGAAACACUAUCUGGCAGCAUACACAGUGCGGUUACAGAAAAGCUACCAACACCAGAUAUGAGUUCUAGUCAGAUGUCUGACUCGGGAUUCGAGAUUGUCGAUUCGUCAGGAAUAGAGAAAGAAAUCGAAAAGGCUUCUGCGGCGACUGGCGUCAAAAAGCGAGGCAAAAAAGGAAAGAAAUAGACAACACGCCGAACAUGGCUAGAUAGAGCAUUCGAGAUAGGGCAUUACGAUUCAGCGUGGAAAGAAAAUAAUGUCAUGAAUAGAAUACCCUCAAUGACUGACUUGAC